AUGGAGAACAUCACAAUGGUGAAGGCAUUCAUCCUUUCAGGCCUGACCACAGACCACACCACUGAAUUGGCGCUCUUCGGAUUUUUUGCCACCAUCUAUGCCUUCAUCCUCAUCGGUAACAUCCUUAUUGUGAUCACAAUCAUCUGCGACCAUAACCUCCACACCCCAAUGUACUUCUUCCUUAGCAACCUCUCCUUCAUUGAUGUCUGCCAUUCUUCGGUGGUCGUUCCCAAGAUGCUAGCUGGCUUCUUGGAGGAGACAAAGACCAUCUCCUUUGGAGAAUGCAUUGCCCAGAUGUUCUUCCUCCACCUCUUUGCCUGUACAGAGAUCUUUCUCCUCACCAUCAUGGCCUACGAUCGGUAUGCAGCUAUAUGCCACCCCCUCCAUUACACCACCAUUAUGAGCCGUCGGGUCUGUCUCCAGUUAGCAGUGGCCAUGUGGUUGGGUGGCCUACUCCACUCCAUUGCCCUGACAGCAUUGACGCUCAUGGUUCCCUACUGUGGACCCAACAUCAUUGACAACUUCUUCUGCGAUAUACCUCUGGUCAUCAAGCUGGCUUGUGCCAACACCUACGUCUUCGAAGUCCUCAUUGUCUCCAACUCUGGGGUUAUCUCGGUGGUCAGCUUUGUAGUUCUGGUAGUGUCCUAUGUGGUCAUCCUCAUCUCCUUGAGGAACCGCUUUUCUGAAGGCCGUCGGAAGGCGCUGUCCACUUGUGCUGCACAUCUGACGGUAGUCACAUUUUUCUUGGGACACUGUAUUUUCAUCUACCUCAGACCUGCUAGGAGUCUGCCUGCAGAUAAGGUGGUUUCCAUUUUCUUCACGGCGGUCACUCCACUGCUCAACCCCGUCAUCUACACCUUAAGGAAUGAAGACAUGCUAAAUGCUCUCAACAAGUUGCGAAGCCGAAAGUUUGAUUCAGGAGGUAAAAGCCUCUAG